AUGGUGCAAUCCCAGACGGUUGAACAGGAAGAAUUUGAAGUAAAUCAACUAGAAAAAGCUCUCAACUUAAUAAAGAAGUUCGAAAGUGAAGUUUCCCUUCAUUCAGAUUCUGUUACGAACUUAACGUCAGAUAGUAUUUCAUCUUGGAUGUCACUUAUACGAGAAGAAUGUAAAGACUUAGUUGAAAUGCCUAUCCUUAUGGCAUCAAUUGCUCGCCCGAUGUUGGAUAAUUCACUUUCUAAAUGGAAUCCUCUCCAGGAUCCAACUUUCUGUCUUGAUUUACUAACUCGUUGGAGAGACUUUUUCCAAAAUUCAUGUGCAUUUGAUGUUGUACUCGAAACAAGCUGGCUAAGUGCUAUACGUCGCACUAUAGUUAAUGAAUGGAAUCCUCGAGACUGCGAACCUUUAUUGGAAGUUUUAGAAGCUUGGCAACCCUUAUUACCAGUUGACAUGUUGCAGCGCAGAAUACUUGAUCAGCUGAUUCUCCCAAAGUUGCAGGAUGCUGUUUCAUCAUGGAACCCUUUGACGGAUACUAUACCUGUUCACAUUUGGUUACAUCCUUGGUUACCCUGGUUCGGUGGGAUUGAACGUCUUUCUUGUGUACACGAUGUGGUUCUUCAAAAGUUAGGAAACUGUCUCACCAACUGGCACCCUAGCGAUGCAUCCGCCCGAUCAGUUCUCCUGCCGUGGCGAACCAUUUUCCCAGUAACAUCUAUGGCGGCUUUCCUUAGUCGCCAUGUGGUACCAAAGUUAUCUUUGGCACUACAACAGUUCCAACUCAAUCCAGCCAAGCAAAAUAUGGAUCCUUGGAACUGGGUAAUGCGUUGGGCAGAUUUAAUCGGACCCGCUGUACUUGUAAAUUUACUGGAACAUCAUUUUUGGUCUCGUUGGCUAACUGUUCUUUCGAAUUGGUUGAGUCAAGGUGUAGAAGCUAGGCAACGUGGUGAUCACAAUGCAGCCGGUCAAAUCUACCAAGAAGUUGGUCGUUGGUACGCUGGUUGGAAAGGUCAGUUACCACCCGAGUGUAUGGAAUAUGCAAGUGUAAAAGAUGCUCUGACGAAAGCAUUGGCAAUGAUGGAACGGUCUAUGCGGGGUUUGCCGCCUCAAGAACCUUCGAUUUCAAAGCAGAGCCCUUCAGAUGUAACAAGAUAUUCUGCAGGUUCAUCCAGCGUUCCACCAUCAGUUUUCGGUUCCACAACACCAUUGAUCGCUCCUCCUCCAGCAACGUUGCGUAAACAGGUUGAACAAGUGGCAGCACAGCGUGGCUUGCUAUUCCAUCCUAUUUCGAACAGAAUGUUUGAAGGGCAACAAGUAUAUCGAUUAGAAUCACUACAAGUAUUUUUUGACCGCAAUGUCAGCUAUAUAUUUAAUCCCAGUGAUGGUGGCUGGCAUCCCAUAACAUUUUCGGAAUUAAUGGCCCGUGUACAGUACUAG